AUGGCUACGAAGUUGGUGCUCGUUGUCUUAGCCUUUUCUCUAGUCGAAAGCAACGCUGCCGUGUGGAGUUGGGCGUUGAAUCCGGUGUCCCUGUCCCGUUCCGUCAGAGACGGAUCGCGGAACUAUACCAGUAACGGAGUAAUGGUGCGAUGCAGCGGGGACGACGACUGCGACGAGAGCAUGUUCUGCGACACGCACUACGGCUACUGCGACGCCCAGCGGUCCAGGGACGAGCCAUGCCGGGCGGACAGGCACUGCAGGGACAGGCUACUCUGCAUGUUCGGCAAGUGCGAGCCGGCGCCCAAGAGGGGACACCUCGAUGCCCGUUGCGAGAGCAGCUCCGACUGCAAACGGGGCUUGUGCUGUGCCCGCACACACGGCGAGCGCGUGUGCAAGCCCAGGCUGGGUCGGAACCAGGGCUGCUACGUUCCCCGUGGAGGGCUUGAGUACAUCAUCAACGAGCGCUGUCCUUGCGAAGAGGGCCUCGUCUGCAGGAACGUCGGCGGCCAGAGGAGCAGAGAGAAGGAGUUUGUCUGGAGAUCUUACCAGGACCAGGACAACAUGCGAUGUGCACCAGCUGAAGACUCGUAACAGCCUGCCAUCCCGUCUGCAACCCCUUUCAUUUUGUACAUACAUCACGCCCAUCUGUAUAGAUCACCCAUGGCAACCACAAGCACCUGUACAUAUGUAUCCAUACGAAAUAAUCAU